CUUUGCAGUGAAAGAAGCAGAAGUCUGAAGUCGGGAGAAGAAAUUUGAUUUCAUUUCAUUUCAUUUAUUGUUUCAUGCAAGUUUAGUAGUGUAGAUGGCGUAGACGUGAUUACUUUUGCGGUGUUUCUUUGAAUGCAAUUGAAAUAAGAGAACCUAUAGCGCUUGAAGCUAUAAAAUAAGAACAGCGAUGACGGAUGUUUGGGGGACAAAACUGAAUCUUCCUGCUGACAGCGUAGAGUUUUGUCCGGACGAAAAAUUUUCUGACAUAUUUGCGGUUGGAACCUACAAGCUGAACGAAGAAACACGUCAAAGGGAUGGGCUCCUGUACGUUUACCGGAACAAGGGAACGUCCUGUCAACUGUUGGGUACUCAUGACGUCCACGGAGUUCUGGAUGCAAAGUGGCGUGGCACCAGUUUGGCUGUAGCUCUCUCUGAUGGAUCAGUCCAGUUGAGGUCACUGAAUGCUAAUGACGGUAGUAGCGCAUCGCUGGACUUGAACUGCCAAACUAGAGCAACACAACCAGAUGUCUUGGCACUAGCACUCUGUUGGAGUCCUCCAGAAAGGGAACUCAAAAUAGCCGUGUCGGACUCGAAAGGAGACGCAACGAUCCUCCGGCUCGGCGAAGGCGACUUGCAGGAGGAGAGGCGGCAACAUUGUCACGACUACGAAGCCUGGUGCAUUGCCUGGGACCUCGCCCAACUGGAUGUCUUUUAUACAGGCGGUGACGACUGUGCCUUGAAAGUAUGGGACUCUCGGAGCCCUGGACCAAGCAGAAUAGUACGAAAGCACAGUAUGGGAGUAACAGCUCUUCAAGCUCAUCCACGUUCUCAGUACCUGCUGGCUUCAGGAAGCUACGACGAGACGAUCUUCUUCUGGGACACUCGUAGCAUGCGGUCGCCAUUGGACGACGUUUCGGUCGGAGGUGGCGUCUGGCGCCUUAAGUGGCACCCCGACAGAGACGAACUCCUAGCCGUCGCCGCCAUGCACGGUGGCGCCGGUGUAGUCCGCUACAAUAUGCAGGGUGCGAAGAACAUUGCCAAGUUCACGAAGCACGAAUCGAUGGUGUAUGGGAUCGACUGGGCUUCCAAAAGUGUUCCGGACGAGACGCAGUACGCGAUAGCAUCCUGCUCCUUCUACGACUGUGCUCUGCAUCUCUGGAACAUCACUUUAUCCUGAUUGUGGUCUCGAGCUUCAAGCCACGAUUGGUCAGUCGAAGUCACGUGGCACAACAUCUGCCAAUCACAGACCUCGAAACAAGAACUCGUCGUAUGAUGGAGCUUUGGAAGUCCGUGACGUUAAUUUUGUGUGUGACUGUAUUGUAAUACUAGCAUGGAAAUGGGAAAGGAGGACAGCCUUCGGAGAAGAGGCUACAAAGGAUGACCAUUGGUCAAGGUCUUUGCUCUGGGAUCCACGUUACGUGUGCUGAGGUACAAUGUUCUUAAAGCUUCUGGAGGUAUAAAGCAGCAUGGUUUUUGUAAGCUCAAACACU